AAUAGCUUUGUUAUAUGUAUUUCGGUUCCCAGUCAUUGCUCUUGUAAAGGUUAUCAAUUUGAUGCAGUAUUGCGUCAAUAUACGAGGAUGGGUUAAAAAGUGGCGUAAGGUGUGUAAUAUUUAAAACAGGCCGUCGUCGUCUUCACUUCAUUCAAAAUAAAUCAUAAUAGUCGGUGUUUUUUGUUGCACUUCUAAGUUGUUUUUUUUUUCUGAAGUAUUAAUCCUAGAGAUAUAAGAGGAAAGAUUCUUAGAAAAUGCGAAAUUUGUGGCGGCAUGAGAGCAAGAAAACCUCUGGCAUAUCUUUGGGCGGAUUCCCACUGGAAGACCCUCAUCAGGUGCCAUGCCUAUAAUUCAGUCCUGUUGCUGUUGGCGCAGUCUGCGUCGAGGGUGCUAUGCUUCAGCUCUGUAUACUAUGGUAUACUUUGCAGUCACAAUUGUAACGAUGGGGCACUUCAUAGAAGUAGAACAACGUUUUCUGAGUGGCGGCAUUAAUGAACCACAAUCUGAAAGUUUUUUGGAACCUGGGAAAAUAACACCUAUUACCGUAUCAUUGAACAUCACUCUACUUGCCUGCAGCACAUUGGGUCUGAUAGCAUGUGUAUUGCUUAUAUUCGGAGUUUACAAGGAUAUAAAAUUCAUGCUUCUGCCGUGGGUGGUAGCAAUGGGUCUCGAGACAUUAGUUGAAAUCAUCAACGUCAUAUAUCUCUUCUAUCUUCAAACGCUGAAUUUCAACCCCAUAACGUCGUUUCUGUUCACCCUGGAUUUCUUCAUAAUAGUUCUCAAUAUUUACGCAAUGGUGUGCGUUAUUUCGCAGUUCCAAGAAUAUCUCGAGGGCCGAGGGACAACAGCGUUUGACUACUCAGACAGGUUAGCUACAGUGCAAUAUACAGCCACAGGACAGCACACGACUACCACUAGUUCUUUACCGAGCGGCCGCCGACGUUCCGCUGGUAAACCCCUGCCGAGUCGCCAUGAUCCAGAAGAAUUCUCCGAAGUACCUACAAAAGCUAUCACGUCUGUGCUAUCGAAGCCGAGUCGUUCUGGGGUAAAGAAACAUGUGCAGUUCCCGGACGAGCAAAGCUGCAUAGAAGAAGCGACAGAAGCACCUCUGGACUUCGAGACUGAAGCAAAACCUGAGGCGCGCAUGAUCAGCUCCUUAUGGAUGGAGUUGGAGUCGGAAGCUCCGACGCCUGAACGCUGACGACGGCGCAGCGAGCAGUACUACCGGCCAGUGUCGCGAGUGCGCAACGAACGCCGCAAGAUGUCUGCCGCCGGGGUGCCGCCCGCGGAACAACCGCCACCCAAGGACGCCAUUUUAUAGAUAUAGACUAUUUAUUUAACUAUUCUAUAAUAUCCUACUUUGUCGACUUGUCAAUCCACUGAGCCGUUUACGAAACAAAUUUAAAUGUAGAAAUAUUUAUUAAUUAAGCGCGAUAUAACUACGAAACCAGUUUCGAUAUGUACGUUUUUUAUUUGCAAUUUUUUGUCAUUUAAUAGCACAAAUAAGAAAAUUUGAUUAUUUGGAAUUGUAGCUAUUAUAAUAAAAAAAUCCAUAUAAAUUUUCAGAAAAUAAUCCUUUCUAAAGAAAGAAAGAUAAUGGUAUGGGCUAAGGAAUUGAAUAAAUUGAUCUAUUGUGUUGUUUAGUAUCAUACACCUUUGGAAUCUAUAACGUAAUUCGUUUCUAUCUGUAUUUCUGCAGGGAGAUGUUUCUCAGUUGUUCGCAAUUAUUUUUGUUUACUUUUCUGACCCAACCCUAGAAACUUGGUCAUGUAGUAAUGUAUGGUCGCUAAAUCCGAAUCUGGGGUAAGAUUUGGGAUUGAUGUCUUCCCAGGGAACCCAGCCAGAUUUGAGUAGGUAAACUGAUAUUCAUUUAGUUUGAAAAUAAAAAUAAAAUCAAAUUUUGUUAACUGACAGGUAAUCUGGCGACAAGCUUUUAUAAUAUAUGAAUUGUGUAAUGACGUUAGGAGUUGAUACUAUAAGUUUUAAAGGAACCUUUCAUUUUAUUAUUUUCAGCGCAUUUGAAUAAGUUUUUUACUUUUUAGUUAUCACUGGGCAUAAUCAAAGACUUCAAAAACCUCAUAUUCUCAGCAAGCCUUAACAUUUGAUUCCCAUAUUGUAGUAAAGUAUAAAAAACUUAGUCCGCUAUGUUUUUAAGUCCGCCAUAUUGGAUUUUAGGUGAGGUUACUAUAUUUUUCGAGUUAUUUUCAGCAAGCCCUUUCAUUUGAUAUCUAUAUUGUAGGUGUGCGUCUAAAAAAACGAGUCCGCUAACUUUUAUUUUUCUUCUAUUUAGAAUGACGUCACACAGCUAACCAUGCAUUGUCAUCCAAACUAAAGAUGUGUAAGAAAUUUUAACUCAAUCGAAUGAAGAUAUCUGCUUCAAGAUUGAGUUGCAAGAUUCCACCCGAACAAACAUACAUACAUAGAAACCUGUAAACAAGAUCAAUGACAUUUUGCGUUCCAUGCCUUCACUGCAUUUUGCGUUCCAAUGGAAGUUGGAACCUACAUCAAUCAAAUAGAGUAAGAUCCCAAGACCGCCUUCAUUGUAGGUACACACUAAUACAACUCGAUUAUCAUUAUUGUGUCCAUGAGAAAAUAAGUAACGUCUGGCGGUCUUGUGAUCUUGUACUAAACAAACAUUAUAUUUCAUACAUUGUUGGUAAAAAUUUACUGUCAUAGUGAAUGUUGACAAGUGCUUAGGUGGAACGCGGCUUUGACAUCAACACCAAUAUCUCGUUGACACUGGCAUAUCCUGUACAUAAUAUAACGUAACCCUGACCGCAAUCCCAAAACUGACCCCAGAUUCGAAUUUAGCGUCCACAAAUUACUAAAUGACCAAGUUUCUUGCAUUGGAUUAAAAGUGAAAAUAAAAAACAACUGAGGGAUAACUCCGUGCAUAAAUAACUACAGACACGAACCACGUUAAAGAUUCCAAAAGUGUUAGAUAGUAAACUAUCGAACAUAGUAAUAGCCUGCAGGCAAGGGACUUCUGUCCACCAUAAUAGAUUGCUUACAAUUGCAACGAGUAACGCACAUGACGGACUUAAAUCGAGGGACAGGCCAGGACAGAAUUACGCGAGAGUCCGCGAAAAAAUAAAGCAUAUGUGACAGGAGGCGGCAACGUACACAGCGGACAUUUAGUCCGCGUCCGCCAUAUUGAUGUUCCUAUGUAUGCACAAUAGCACAAAGAAGUGGAAAAAAGAACUCCUUCACAUGAUCAUCACAAAAAGAGUAUGACGAUCGAAAAGACAAUGGCGAUAUAUUUGUAGAAGAAAUUCUUUAACGUUUAUAGAUAUCAUCAUCAGAAAUGAAAAUAAAAUAAUCUUCAAUGAUUUAUCAAAUAACUGUGGAGGGUUAUCUAAGUCUAAAAUAUAAACUAAAAAUUUUGUAAUCACUUUUUUAUUGGGGCCUGGCUUCAUGUCUUUUGAGCCUACUAUUUUAAGUGAUUUCGGUGAUUGAAUCAACUCCAAGCAAGUUUUUAGUAUAUUUUGCAUCGCUUUACGCUUAAACAAUAUUUAAUUAUCUGUCAGAAAUAUCGUAAAACAUUGUUUUGCGUACGUUUCACUAAAUUUCCGAACAACAAAUGUGCACCAUUGCGCAACGCACACCGUUUGCGUUGAGUCCGUGAGUCCGAUACGCGGACAAAAGUCCAUCAUCUGCGCAGGCCAUUUUAAAGAUAUCAAAAACUCUUUUGACAAUUUGUCAUUGUGAUUUAGGUAUCUAAAUAAAAUCUCUCUAAAUAAUUGGUUGCAAAAGCUAUGAUGAUAGGGCGUGGGUAUUCCUGUAAUAGAUUUAAACAUUCUGUUAUUCUCUUUUAAAAAUUAAAAGUUAUGCAUUGAAGGAGCUUUACUCAAAUGCAGUCGUUCAUUCCAAAUUUUCAUAAUAGCUGUUGUAUUGAGUUAUUGGGUUCUAAUUAUGGAAUCAGGUACAAAUCCUCCUUCAAGAUCCCAGGGAGGAAGGCGGUAUAUUCAAAUCAUGGUGAUAUAUCUUCAAUCCUAUUUCAAUAAAUACUACAACGUUUACAAAACUUUACAAAUUUAAAUGGAAAGAAUGCAAACAAAACGACAAUAAUAUAAUAAUCGUGUAUUAAAACAAUAUUAGCAAGAUAAAAGCGACAAUAUCUUUAUUGACGUUGAAAUGGUGUCGCUAACUGAAUAACCAAAUAAUAAUAUAAAGACUUCAGAUUCCAGGGCCGCCAGACCUUUAUUUUCUGAAUGACAAAAUAUAAAUAAUCGAGUAGUAUUACUGUGUACAAUUAACGUAUACACACUCGCUAACUUGUGCUGUGGGCCAAUUAUUAGGUAUCACAACAAACACAAAGAAGUACGUUAAAAUUUUACUCACUUUGCAAAAAAAGUUACAGGUCUGAUUCUAAGAAUCAGACAGGUAUGUUGUAGAAAAUAUUGUAAAGAUUUUGAAAGGAAUACUGCCAGACGCAUUCUCUCAGCACUAUUUAUUACCAGACAUUUUUAAUGAUGAAAGCAAAGAACACAAACUUAUUUGUUCAGUCUAAGACCUGCUAUUUAUCUAUGAUAUUAUGGGGGACUAUUAUUAUAUUUUAUAACUGCCAGACUAAGUCGGGGCCAAAAAUUCCCUAAGCUUAUUUAAAGGACCUCGUGAUAAAGGGGCGUUCAUGGUAAUUAUGUGCCUUUUUAAUACAGCUUCAUCAAAGGUAUCUUUAAAAUAGUGUAAAAGAAGCCUCUAUCAAUAAUUAAAUAUUUUUUGUGACGAUAAAUCAAUCAAUCAUCGAUAAAUCGAUAAACACCGGCUCCAUGCAAGAAAAAUUGUGACAUUAUGUCACGUUGUCACGAGUUAGUUCAAAGUUCCGCGGUGUGUUUGAAGUGAGGUCGAGGUUCCUUCGACUUGCUUUUGAUAUUUAAAGUGUCUGACAGUAAAUACUGCCAAUAGAAGAUUUUCGUAAUUUGUUUCAAUUAAAACGAUACACAUUAACAUAAUAUAUUAGGUAUUUUGGAAACCAUUAAUUUUAAUGUUUAAACAUUUUUAUGUGGUACAAGUGAAUAAAUUACAUUUAUAUUUUUUAUAAAUUAGGCGUAUGUCUCUGCACAUAAAUGGAUGAUAAUACUUUAGGAACAAGAUUGGGCAGAGUUGUUUAGGACUUGGCAGAAAAGAAUGGAUCCUCCUUCAGACCACAAGAUGACUUUUAUUUUUAUUUUGAAAACAUGUGAAAAUCCCGAAUUUGAUCCAUUGAUUUAACAAACAUGUGAACGCGAUUAUCCUGAUGAAACGACACUUUCCUUCUAGGUAAUCCUAGGUGUUUCACUUUAUUCACUCUAACUUAAGUGUCAUAACUGAAACUUAUUUUUUACCGUGAUAACCAAAAAGUAUGCGAUACAAAAGGAGAUAUACAAAUAAAAAAAAAAGUUAUUGAAACAGAUACUUUGUUUUGAGUCUGAACUUUUCAAUCCCCCUACGUAAGUCCUCUAUUAUCCCUCUCUCUAUACUUGGAAAGAAGUUUGAUGGCUUCAUCGAAACCUAACACAGCUACGUAUUUCGUCGUACAUUAGCGGGCAUCAUCCGGAUGACAGCAAAGAUAUUUAAAAAAAACAAAUAAUGAACUGUUUGAACUUGUUUUGUUAGUAAAAAAAACAUCGGAAAGUUUCUCCUUAAUAAAGUUUUUUAAAACAUUAAAUAAAUAAAGAAGGUAUUUAAUAAGUAAAUAUAAUAUAUUUUGUAUAAUUAGAAUAAGUUAUCUGAGAGAAAAAGUAUGUUCAAUUUUUAUUAUAAUAACAAUUAAGAUUUUAAAUACGUUAUCUUCUAUGGAAUUAGAUUUUUUUUAUACAGUUUCGUAUUAAAUAUCAUGUAGGUCUCGUUCUUGAUUAUAUACUUACAGUACAAAUCAGGUAUAGACAAAUCAUAUAACAAAUCCUUUGAUCUAUUCCCAAAAAUCAAUUUAAUGCAGAUCUAUUAUGUAAUAAAUACGUUAUCAUAAUAAAGUUUUUUUUAAACAUAA